GCAGGGCACUAGGAUUUUAGACACAGCCUGAGUGGGAAGACAUGUGUGAGAUGGUUUCACUUUUAGUAGCAAACCGUUUGCGCAUCCUUGAAGGAAACCCAGACCUAGCAGAUUUAUAUAUCACAUUUAUUACCGACCUUUUUUAUAUUCCGGAAGCGAUGUUAUCUGUGUUCACUGCUGAGUAGUUGGAUAUAAAUAUGCUGUUCAGAAGAGAGCUGGUCGUGCUGCUUGUAGAGGAUGUUCACCACACUUCAGAAAUGCCGAGUGAGCGACAUGUGUGAUAAAACCAGCAAGCGGAAGAAUCCACAAAAUGUUAUCUGGGAGACAUCUGCUGAUUACAAACUUCCUGCACUCAUUGAGUAAGAUUUGGUGAACAUGAGGUUGCGAAGAUGAACAUGUCGGAAGAACAAAUUAACUGCACUAUAAGCCAUGAGAUUCACCAGUACCUGUUCUCAGGUGCAUACAUCUUAGUCCUGCUAGUGGGUCUCCCAGCCAAUGCUUACUCGAUGUACCAUGCCUGGCUGCAACUGAAAGCCCACAAUGAGCUGGGGGUCUACUUACUCAACCUGACCAUAUCAGAUUUGCUGUACCUGGCCUCCCUGCCCCUCUGGCUGCAGUAUAUUUUCCAGGGGGAUAAUUGGAGUGGCUCCGAGUGGCUCUGUCAACUAUGUGGCUUCCUUCUCUACGAGAACAUCUACGUAAGCAUCGGUUUCCUGUGUUGUAUCUCCAUAGAUCGAUACCUGGCUGUGGUAUACCCCUUCCGUUUCACUGCUUUCCGAACGGUGCGAGCUGCUUUGCUGGUCAGCGUCAUUGUCUGGCUCAAGGAACUUGCAGUAGGCAUUGUGUUUUUCCUCCAUAAGGAGCUCAGCAAGGACAAGCUUAACCAAUCGGUGUGCUUUGAGCAUUAUCCCAUGAAGACUUGGGAGUAUUCCAUUAAUUACUACCGUUUUUACAUAGGCUUCUUGUUUCCUUUGGGAAUCUUAUCAGUGUCGUACUUUCAAGUCCUCAGAGCAGUGGGCAAGAGUACAGGCACGCAGACUGCACAGAAAACACACAUAAAGUAUCUGGUGAGCAGCACCAUUGUUAUCUUCCUGGUGUGUUUCACGCCAUACCACAUCUUCCUGCUGGUGCGCACGGUGCUAGAAAGAGACUGCACCUUUAUCGAGAACAUUUUUAAUUACUAUCAUUUCUCCCUGUUGCUUACUAGUUUUAACUGUGUGGCGGAUCCGGUGCUGUACUGUUUCAUUAGCGAGAGCGCCCAAAAGGGCAUCCAGAAGGCUCAAGACGCAUGCACUCGCGUCUUCUGCUGUUGCUCCAAAAGCCAUGGAAGGUUCAGCACACACUCUACUGAACUGGUAGUAGCCAAUGAUAAUGUUCCAGGAGCCUCAGUGGUGACACAGUUGUGCAAAUCAUAACUUACAUUUGAAUGGCUUUUGUUUGUUGUAUUAAUAGUUGCUUAUAAAAUGGACACCAUGAAAUUGACCCUUCGCUAAGCCUUACAUUAAGACCAGUCAUACCUUAGCAACUGUUUGUGGCUACUGUAUUGUCAUGCAAGAUCUAAUGUAAGUUUAUAAAUAUCCUGUGAGUUUGGAUGAUCAGAUCAGAAAUCAUCCAAAAAUAUGGUAAUGCAUUGUUUGCGGGAUGGUAAAAAGUCUUAGCCUCGAUUCUGAUUUGCAGAAAAACUGCAUAAAACUAAGAUAAAAAUGGCAAAUAAAG